CGGGACCAGCCGUGACCUGUCAUCGUGUCCCUUUCAAUGGGCCAUCCCCGUGGCUGCACAGCUGUUCCCGAGGCCCAUCUCCGAAAGGCUUUUUCAGCACUCCUGAAGAGUCCGGAGCAAGGGGCUCUGCUCUGUUCCCAGCACAGAGAUACCGGCUGUGAGCUGGAGCAGAGUGAAUUCUGCCCCAUUCACGGGCCCGUGCAGGAGCUCCUCCAUCUCCGGGACGGACCAGCAGCCGGGCUUACACACUUGCCUGGGGCGCAAGAAGCCGCUUGUCAGAAGCAGGGGGACGCCACUUGUGAGCGUGCAGUGAGGGAAGAAGAUGUGGAGAAUGGAACCUGCAGCAGCGAGGGCACAGUGAGGGAGCCCCUGGAUCCCCAGGGCACAUCGGCCACCGGCCAUGUACUCAAAAACCUGCUCAGAAGAUUCCUGGGCCAGCGCUCCAGCCGCCAUCCCGUGCUCACCUCGCUGCUGCUCCUGCUCCUGUUCCUGCUGCUGGCCGUGGUGGCGGCCUUGGCUGUGCGGUCAGCACAACAGGUUCCAGCUCCACCUGCGGCUCCGACGUUGGUUCUGGGCUGUCCCUCUGGCUGGUUUGGAUACAAUGGAGUUUGCUACUACUUCUCAAGGGACAGCAGAACCUGGGAGCAGAGCCAAGAGCGGUGCUCCGAGCUCGGGGCCUCCCUGGCCAUUGUCCAGGAUGAGGCAAUGCAUUGGCUCUUGCGCCUCCGCGGGAACGUCGAUUACUGGCUCGGGCUGCGCAGACGGGGCGAGCGCCUGCGGUGGGGGGACGGCAGCAGCUUCAGCUCCUCGGUUCCUGUCCUUGGCAGUGAAGAGUGCGUGUGCCUGGCUGAGGAGAAAUUCAGGAGUGAGAGCUGCUCAAAUCCUCGGCCCUAUCUUUGCAGCAAGGCCCAAGCUCCCCUGUAACAGGGGCUGGAGAAAGGACCUUCUCCACACUGGGCAGUCCCAGCUUCAGCUCUUAGCCCAGCCCAGGGCUGUCCUUCCUCAGCUGCUCCCUGUGCCUUGCACUUGCUCUCAGGGUCACCUCAGUGCCUGUUCAUCCCCACUGCCAGCGCUGGGCUGGCUGUUCAAAGGAAAACCCUCUGCAAUCCAUCCUGCCAGCCAUGCUAGCUGGAGUGAGGGGAUU